UCGCACGGUUGCUCGUCAUUUCUGUAUUCGUAUUUGAUGCUUGCAUUUCGUUUGGGUUUUAAACAAAUUGUAAACAGAACUUCUUUUGAAGUGCAAUUAAACAAAGAUCAGUGUUCAGGUAAGGCGUAAAGUUGAUUAAAAUUUGUGUGGGUAAGAGGGUAAGAAUAAAGCGCUCUUACUUCAAAGCAAGCACGAACCUUUUAAUAUACCGGAACGCAACUAUAAAAGUGUUAUUCUACCGGCAAUCAACGCACAUCAUGACGAAACUGUUCGAAUGGUUAAUGGCUGCGGCCUGUUUUUUCAGUGUGUAUUUUGCUAUCGUUCUUCGCCAAGUAAAACAUGAAGUGUUGGAUCAGUACAUGCUAGAAAUUCAGCUUUCGCCUAUAUUUCUGGUGCUAAUUUUCGGUGUCUUCUCUGCCACCGUGGUAUUGUAUCGAACUUUCACCUUUAACAACUGCGAGGAAGCUGCCAAAGAGCUGAUGGAACAGAUUAAAGAAGCUAAAGCUGAUCUGAGAAGUAAAGGUUUAGUGUUGAGUGAUUAACACUUGAUGAUGCUGCAGUUUGUUUUGAUGGAGAUGGAGUUUGUUUUGUAAAUAAAAGUUUUAAAGAAAGUUACAAGAAUUGCUACGUAAGGGCAAUCAUGCACCCGUGAACAAA